AUGCCUGUCUCCGGAUCUCUUGCCAACGUGGACUGGGAGCCGGAUUUCUCCACGCUCGCCGUCCACGGCGGGCAAGAGCCUGAUCCCGUGAACGGCUCCAGAGCCGUGCCGCUGUACCAAACGGCAGCUUACAACUUUUCCGACGCCGCCGAUGGCGCCAGCAAGUUUGCAUGGAGCAAAGAUGGCUACGUCUACACACGAAUGGGCAACCCGACCAACAGCGUCUUCGAGUCGCGCAUGGCGAUGCUCGAGGGUGGUGUUGGAGCCGUUGCAGCGGCCUCUGGCCACGCCGCGCAGUUCAUGGCCCUGACGCAGUGCUGCGAGCCGGGCCAGAACUUCGUGAGCACCAGCUGGCUGUACGGCGGCACCUACAACCAGUUCCGCGUAUACAUGAAGAAGUUCAAAAUCGACGUCAAGUGGGUUGUGGGCAACGAGCCCGCGGAUAUCGACGCGGCCAUUGACGAGAACACACGAUGCGUUUACAUCGAGACGAUCAGCAACCCGAAGCACAGCGUACCCGACAUCAAGGCCAUCGCGGAGGUGGCGCACAAGCACGGCGUCCCCCUCAUCGUCGACAACACCUUCGGCAUGGGAGGAUACCUCUGCCAGCCGAUCAGACAGGGUGCCGACAUCGUCACGCACUCGUGCACCAAGUGGAUCGGCGGCCACGGCACAUCCAUGGGCGGAAUCGUCAUCGACGGCGGCCACUUCGACUGGAGCGCGUCCGGCAAGUUCCCCGGCUUCACGGAGCCGGCGGACGGAUACCACGGGCUGAAGUUCUGGGACACGUACGGAUACAAGGCGCUCUCGGCCAAGGUCCGCAUGGACAGCAUGCGCGACCUGGGACCCUGUCUGAGCCCGUUCAACGCGUGGCUCUUCCUCCAGGGUCUCGAGACCCUCGCCCUCCGAGGCCAGCGCCACGUCGAGAACACGCAGAAUCUGGCCGAGUGGCUCGAGGCGCACCCCAGCGUCAACUGGGUGCUCUACCCGGGCCUCAAGUCGCACUCGGACUACGAGUACACCAAGAGAGUCUUCACCAACGGCGCCGGCGGUGUCUUGACCUUCGGAGUAGCAGGAAACAUCGACCAAAUCCGCGCCGUCGUCGACAACCUCAAGCUCUGCUCGCACCUCGCCAACGUCGGCGACGCCAAGACGCUCAUCAUCCACCCCUGGGUGACGACCCACCAGCAGCUCCCGGACGAGGAGAAGAUCAAGGGCGGCGUCACGCCGGACCUCAUCCGCGUCUCGGUCGGCAUCGAGGGCUUCGAGGACAUCAGGAAGGACUUCGAGCAGGCCUUCGCGGCCGCCGGGCUGCCCGCGGCCGUCAAGACGGGCGGCGACCCGUUCGCCAAGGCGCUGAACCUCGUCUCGGGCGGGUUCAUGGGCAAGAAAGCCACGGGCGCGCCGAGGCCGGGUACGGACGGGACGGUGCAGGUUCAGGCGUAG